GUUUUAGCCACCCGUUGAUUUUCGAGAGUAAUUUUGUCUUCAGCAGACUGGCAACCAUGAUUGUUUAAAGUGCCGGACAUUUUAAAAUGAUGGAAUUCGUGUUACUCCAUGAUUACAGCUCCUAAGAUGUACUGGUAGCAGUUAUUGGAAAAUUCCAGUAUGACAUACCUGAUAUGGUUUUUAAUAAGUAGCCUUCUGAUGUAUUGUAGUGUGAGUGAUAAAUGUUUACAGCAAGAUGCUGAUAUUAAGAGGCACUUUUAUGUGAAUGAACGUGAUCUUCCAAUAAAAAUUGAAAUGAGUUCUAGGAUUUCUCAUCAGAUAGUCUCAAAUAUAAUGCGAAUCCUUUUAUAUGAAGUUCUUGGCUAUCCUGAUGUACAGCUUUUACAGCAAGAUAGUGCAACUGUUGGAGAUAAUGCAACAAGGACCUUACAAAAAAUUUCAUCUUGUGAAAGACCAAUUGCAAGUGAAUGCAAAACUGUGGAUGGCGAUGGUCCAGAAAUUAUGAUAAAUUUAGAAGUUUGGUUACCUCCUGGAUUUAAUUUAGAAGAAUGGAUUGCAACUGGAGAGGUGGAUGACUGUGGACCAUUGGGUCCUGUCGGCAGAUCUGGUUGGUAUGUUGGAGAAAACACUGUUAAUUUAUUUUGGCAAGCAAAUCACACUAUAAUAGAUCACUGGAAAGCAUUCACUAUGCCUGAAGUGGUAGAACGUUUUGACCUUUUCAAAGAUGGUUCUAUGAAAAUAUAUACAAAAGAGAAAUGUACUUUUGAAGAAUGUGGAGAUGAUGACAUUUAUAGACCUGAAGCAUGUCGGAAAUCUAAUGUGCAGUGUGCUACUCUUCUGGCUGAUUAUCCAGCAUCAAAUUUUGAGCUGUUGAAAUACACAAUAACAAGAUUUGAACUUUUAGUGAAUGUAGCCUGGGUAGGAAAGAACCUGGAAUCAAUUAUUGAAAAACGAACUGUGGCAAACAAAAGUAGUCUUUUUUUCCAUAAAAGACCUAUGUUUUUAAGUUCUCAUGAAAAUUUCAUUCACAUAUCAUUUCCAAAGUGUGAGGAUAUUGAUACUAUUUGUGAAUUUGAAGUCAAUCGACUACAAAAGAUUGUAUGGUCCAAAAUAAAACCAAAUGCAUUAUAUGCUUACCAUGUUCUGAAAGCUAUGUAUUUUUCUCAAUCAGACUAUCUGAAGUUGUUAGAGCUUUAUAGCCUUAAAAAAUUGCGUGGCUUAGGUGUAAAGGAAGUUGCUUGUGACUGGAUAAGAGAAAAUAUGCUUGUUUGGCUCAAAUGGACUCCUACUGACUUUAAAAGCAAAAGUAAAUUAUUUAUUGGAGGAAUUUUUCCAAUGAAUGGAAUUUUUUGGAAGCAGAAAGGUGUUAUACCUGCUGCACACAUGGCUACAGAAGCUAUAAAUAAUAAUGAUUCUUUGCUUUUAAACUACGAUUUGGAAAUACUGGAGCAAGAUGGUCACUGUGCUGCUGAUGAAGUUAUGAAAAGUUACAUUAGUUAUGUAACAAAUACAACUUACAAAUCUAUGGUUGGAAUUUUAGGGCCUGCAUGCUCAGAUACUGUGGAACCUAUUGCAGGGGUUGCUAAAAAUUUCAAGACGGUUAUAAUCAGUUACAGUGCUGAAGGAGCCUUACUGAGGGAUAGAGAAAAAUAUUCUUAUUUCUUUCGUACAAUUCCUGAAAACAACCAGUUCAGAUAUGUUUAUUUGAUGCUGUUUCAAAAGUUAGAAUAUACAAGAGUUGCUGCACUUACAGAACAGGGUCAAAGGUAUCCUGAAUAUAUAACACAUCUAGAAGAUUUAAUGCCCAAACGUGGAAUGACUUUUAUAAUGAACCGCAAAUUUCUAAGAGACAGAGAAACUUUAAACAUGAGACCACAUUUAGAAGCCUUAAAAUCAAGUGGAGCAAAAAUAAUAAUAGGAGAUUUUUAUGAUUAUGCUGCUAGGGCUGUUAUGUGUGAAGCAUAUCAACUAGUAA